GCUCUAACUACCCUCUCAGCUAGUUUCACCUCUCUCUAUGUAUGUAUUAAAUCCGGCCUCUACUCUCCAUCUUCCUCCCGAAUUCAAUUCCUACAAGAAAAAAUUACAUACUAGACUAGAAAAAAAGUGAGAAUAAAUAAAAGAAAGUUGAGUAUCUUGAAAAUGGCAGCGGGUCUAAGGUUGGUGAUUUCUGGGAUUCUUUUGACGUUUUUGGUAAUUAACAAUGGCGGCGUAAUGGGUGAAGAUGGAAAUGGUAGGAAAGCUUUGGUUCCAGCGAUGUUCGUGUUUGGCGACUCUUUGAUCGAUAAUGGCAACAACAAUAAUCUGCCUUCUUUCGCAAAGGCUAACUACUUCCCAUAUGGGAUUGAUUUUGAUGCUGGUCCGACCGGCCGGUUCUGUAAUGGUUUUACCAUGGUGGAUGAGAUCGCUCAAUUACUUGGAUUGCCAUUGAUUCCGCCGUACUCGGAAGUUUCCGGCAAUAGAGAUCGGAUGCGCUUCGGAGUAAAUUAUGCCUCUGCUGCCGCCGGUAUACUUGACAUCACCGGUAGAAAUUUUGUGGGACGGAUUCCAUUCAACGAGCAAAUACGGAACUUCGAGAGCACGCUGGAUGUAAUGACAGGCAGCCUUGGAGCCGCGGACAUGGCACAAGCCCUGUCCCAAUGCAUUUUCUUCAUCGGAAUGGGCAGCAACGACUACCUCAACAAUUACCUCCUCCCCAACUACCCCACCAAGAACCAGUUCAACCCCCAACAAUACGCUGAUCUCUUGACCCAGCAGUACUCCCAGCAGCUCACGAGGUUAUACAAUCUCGGAGCGCGAAAAUUCGUGAUCGCGGGACUAGGAGUGAUGGGAUGCAUCCCGAGCAUCCUUGCCCAGAGUGAGACAGGACAAUGCUCGGAACCCGUGAACCAGCUCGUUCUUCCCUUCAUCGCCAACGUGAAGGCAAUGCUCAACGGCCUCAACACAAACCUGCCCGGUUCGAGAUUCAUUUACAUCGACAUUCGAAACUUGUUCCAGGAUCUGCUGAGGAACUACCAGCGCUACGGGUUCAGCGUCGUAAACAGCGGGUGCUGCGGGAUCGGGAGGAACAGUGGGCAGAUCACAUGUUUGCCAUACCAGACGCCGUGUGCUCACAGGGAUCAGUAUGUGUUCUGGGAUGCAUUUCACCCCACCGCAGCAGUCAACAUCUUGUUCGCCAACAGGGCUUUCAGUGGCGGAACUGAUGCUGUUUACCCCAUUAACAUUCAGCAACUUACCACCCUUAGCUUUGAGCUACCCUAAGCUGCCUGCUUAUUACAUGUAGUAUCCAGUCCACGCCAGGCCAUGCCACAACUUUUUAAUACACCUUUAAUUUGCCACCUAGCUGAUGUGUGAAGUCGAUCUCAUUCAACUCUUAUAGUAGUUCUCA